AGACUCGGGUCGGAGAGCAAAUCGUCAACUAUACGUAAACAUGUAACAUUGGCAGAGAAGAGAGGGGAAAAAGAUGGACGUGAUGUACCCUUCCAGACCGAGAUAACGAGAUCAUUGAAAGUAAUUGAGAGGCAUUCGUUACGGUUAUUCUUGUUGGGCGUAGGAAAACGCGAAAUGUCGAAUCAAGCUGUAAUUCGAACUGAUACUUCGUCCGUGAACACGUGUGCGUACGAAAAUUCUAAUCGCCAUAAAAAGUUGGAUUUUCGGUACUUAUUUUGGCGAGGAUUUGUAAAUAUUUGUAUUUAUCGGAAAGUGAUUAAAAUCCGCAAUAUUUGUUGUCACUUAGCCGGAAGGUAAGUCGAAUUCCACCCCGAAUGCGAAGUUUUCUAUAAUUUGGAGGUUAUAAUGGAAUAAAUUUGUAGAAUUGCGCCAACGCCGCUGCUCACAUUUUCACGCUUUUGUUUUACGCAUCUUUCGAGUCUCUCAUUUUCUUAUUCACUUUGAGAAAAAAUCACCGCGGAAAAUGUGCGGAAUGCAAAGAAAAAGAUCGAGCAAGGAGCCGAGCUUGAGGCAGGAAUGGCGUCCGGUUAUUCGCGCGUUCGCGUGGGUGCAGUCAAUAAAUACCACGACAGAUAGCGCCGCUCGUUCUUUAUAUAUGUAACACGUCCUCCGCUCCCGCGUAAUUCAUAGCCAACCCCCGCGUGUGUAAAACCGAAUAUUCACCACCAUUUAUGCUGAGAUUUCAUCACCAUGAAGAGAUCAUUUCAUGAGGACAUGAAUAUGACUGAAAAAAAAAACAUGUAAAGAAACACGUUUUCCAAUCGUCGUGACAUAAUUUAAUCAUGAAUUUUUGAGGUUAGGCAACGGCGAAUCGGACUUAGAGCUCUCAAUUUAUGGCACUUGGUAAAGGUUCUGCAACGUGCCGAAUAUAAAAAUUGUCUCGUUAAAGUCGAACUCGUAUAGAAAUGGAAGGAAUCUUGCGUCGAUUUUCAAAGAUAUUCGAUUUCGGACUAGAAAAAUCUGAACUGAAACUUCGUAAUAGAAACUAAAAGAUUUUUGAAUUAUCAUGCGAAAAAGAAUUGAAUGAGGAACGCAAAAAUACUCGACUGAAUAAAAGAAAUGUUGAUGAAAUUUUGCUUCUGAAACAAAAAAGCAUCGAAGGUAAUUAUGAGAUCAUGAUCGAGUGUAACAAGAUUGAGAAAACGCGACGAUUUGUUUGGGGAUGAACCAACCACGAGUGAUCCCCGGAGCUCCCUUUUCCUCUUUUUACUCUUCGUAGUCGUCGUUAAUGUCGCGGAGAAGACCGCGGGGGAGGCAACGCGUCUCAGCAUAGCAUAAAGGUGACUCUCCGCGACGAAGAUCUCCCACAUGCCACUUAGCGUCAACACAGCGCGUCGAGAUCGUCCGGUGUAACCGACGCUUACGAACGUAACAAAAAAAAUAGCUGUUCCAAGGCAGCUUCCGAAGUGAUUUCAAUGGGGUGGAAAACUGACGAAUAAAAUUGCGUGAAAAAUAGUAAAUAAAUCGUCACAGUAAAGCUCGCGCCGAAUGAUUCGAUUUCAGUGCAUCGAUUAAUUUGUUUAUUUGAGUGAUUCAAGAACCGAGUGACAUCGCAGGCACAAAGAAUAAGGAAAUAAAAAAAUUCAAAAUGAGAUCGCAAAAGUUGGAUUUAUUCAUGUCAAUAGUCGUUGUGACUGUUAUGAUAAUUUUACGACCGAUCUCGAUUUAUCAUUGGGUCGACGCUUAUCCGUCCGAAAUGCUCGAAAUCGAUCCCGAAACGGACUCGAUUGACAUCCCUCCCUGGCGAAUCGUCGAUCUUCUGGACAAGGAAGCUGAAAACGAGGUCGUACGAUUCGAAGAAAGUCUCGAAGAUUUGCAAAAGAUUUUCGGCAUCCGUAGCCAAACCGAUAAAAAAACAACGAACCGUCGAAAAAUACCCCCGCAGUUUAUGAUGGAACUGUACAACACGAUCGCCGACUCCAGUGGCGUUACGCACGGCAAAAAUCCGUACAACGCAAAAGUCGUUCGGAGCUUCACUGAAGCAGAAACUCCGUAUUCGCACGUUUAUAUGUUCAACGUGUCAGGACUCGAAAUUAACGAAUCGGUACUCGAGGCCGAGUUGCAUCUCUACCGCGAGCGCACGCCCCUCCAACGAAUUCAUCCGCCGAUUCCCUCGAAACCCGGAUACCUGAUAAGCGUUUACCAAGUUGUCGAGGGUAAAAGCUUGGCCGAACCGGCCGAACCUGACCUCCACAAAUUACUCAACAUCCAUUACGUCGGAGCUCACGCUUUUGGUUGGCAGGUAUUCAACGUGAAGCAAGCUGUUCUCGCUUGGGUUGCCGGCUCACCGAAUCUCGGGCUUUUGGUCACAGUUUCGAAUAUCUUUAACGAAAAAGUUAUUAUCGAAUUUUCGCGUCGAAACGAGUACCACAACAGUAAACAACCGAUUUUAGUGUUGUUCAACGACGAUGGUAAGGAAUCAACCCGAAAACAGGAAAAAAUGACGCCACAUUAUUACACGUACGACAAUGUCAGCGAAGAGCGCGAGGUAACAAGCGACGAGAUCGACGGUGCUGCCGAAAAUUCGCAGAGACGACGGCAGUACCGCGACUCAUCAACGAAACCGUUGAAUUCAGUUAACCCUUUGAAUCUCAACAAAGAGUACAGUUACGGUACACAAUUGGGAAAAGAAAAGUCUGAAAACGGUGAGGCCGAUUAUUUUCAAAGGGAGAAAAAAAUAGAUGUGGAUAAAAAGAACGAAGAAAAGAUCGAAGGGGCCGAAAAUUUUGACGACGUCGAUGUAUUUAUCCCGGACUUGUCGUUGCGCGGAGAAAAAAUGGCCGCUUCGAAUAACAUGAGUGAUGAGAAUGAAGAAAAUUCACAAGAUUUCAUGAGACACAGACGCGGAGCGUCGAAACGUAAUCGACAAGAGCCAGAAAAAAAGAGAUCUCGAAAAAUAGUAUCGAAUCGUCGAAACAAAACACCGCAAAUGCUUUCUUCAAUGGAUAUUUACGAGAGAGCAAUGUUACGCGAACGAAUGAUGACGAAGAGUGUUCGAAAAUACGAGGGAAGGCAGGAAGAAAGUAAUCCGCGUGGACGUGAAAAACGUUCGUCCCCAAUGACGGAAAGCACUAAUAAAAAAAAAUCCAAAAGUUAUUCGAACACGGAAAGAAGCACAACGGAAUGCGCGCGGCACGAGCUGUACGUUGAUUUUAAAGAAAUUGGAUUAUCGACCGCGAUAAUAGCACCGAAAGGUUAUUCGGCGUACCAUUGUCAAGGAAUGUGCAAUUCGCCGUUGAGCCAGGAUCAACAACCCACGAAUCAUGCCACGGUCCAAGGCCUCGUUCAUAAAAUGGGCGUUUUGACAGACGUUCACAUGCCCUGUUGCGUGCCUACGAAACUCCUGAGAACGUCGAUACUAUUUUUCGAUGAUAACGAAAACGUUGUGUUGAAAGUGUACGAAGACAUGGUCGCGGAUCGUUGUGGAUGCCGUUGAUUUUUAUUUACUCGAAUGAAAUGUCAAAAUACUUGGCCUUUUUUUCCAACGCUCGUUUCUCGUGGUGAAUGUGAAAAAUGUGUCGAUAAUACUUACAAUUAAAUGCUUUUCACUCUUAUACAUAUUCGUAAAAACAUUCCUGCUGACAGGGACGAGAAAAAUUUCAUAUUUCGGUGGAUCGUGUGAAAAAAUAUUUAUUCAUAAAUAGGCCAUUUAACGUCAGUUUUACAAAUCGAAACAUCGCGAAUUUCGAGAAAACUCAAACUUCUUUUACAAUAUCGUGACAGCAGAUUUACAAAAAGUUUCAAGUACACUCAGUUUUUGACAAAUCAAUUUUACAUCUUUAUUUUUUACAUCUCGCUUCUUUCCCAACAAAACGGAAACAAACACUCGAGUUUUUUCAGGCUGGGCUUGGAUCGGUACUUACCUUUGAAACAGAAUAUGAGAACAAGUUAUAUUUGAAGCAAAGAAAAAUAGGCUCUCCGAUUGUAAAUAUUUGACGUAGGCGAAACUAUUAUUUUUAUUAACAUGAAUAUUUAUACAUGAUUAUACGAAACAGUUGAAAUAUUAAAAUUCUGAACAGCCUGAAAUGAAAUAUUUUUUGAGAUCUUCGUUGUAAAGCUCUCUUCCAAAAACCGCGUCUUUCGUGACAAUGCUGAGAAUCCUCUGACACGUGACGAGAGUCGUCUCUGCUCUCAUAAAGACGAGAAAAAGCUUGGAAGUGGAAGAUUAUCGUAGCGACGCGAGUGUUGACAAGCUGUGACGUCACUUGGAUUGUAAAAUGCAGCUGCGGAAAGCGUUCGGCCCGACUGAAGUUCGUCAAGUUUUUCUCCGAAUCCGUACGUUUUGUAUUUUCCUCACUAAAUUUUUUCUGUUGGAAAAAUUCCCUCGUCGCAAGAGAGUCACGUGCCAAAUAAACGUUGCGAAUAUUCGACGAGUAAAAAGCGAUUGUUUGGCCAGUUGAUGGACAGCUGGGAGGAACUUUGAUGCGUCGAUUCUAACGUGUCGAUAACUCAACCGAACGAAUGUUCCUCAAAAUCAGUGCUUACGAAAAAAAAUGUUUGUCGUCUCGAAAAGUCACGAAACAACGCUCUGAACAUUAUUUCUGAAUUUCAAACAUUAUCAAAUAAAAAAAACCUCUUUCUGCGACACUAUUUUAAUCACCGCGCUUUUACGAGGUGAAGCGACGUUUUUUAUCGAUUAAAAUUCAUCGAUACUUUGUCGAAUGUUUCUAUUAAUUUCGAUUCUAACCAUGGCUUUAUCGCCAGCACUUACUUUUUUCGGCGUCUAACUUUCCUCGUAUUAUUUUCUUACCUAUAUAUACUUACGCACAGACUAUAGCAUCAGAAUUAUAGUGGGGCAGGAGGAACUUGACAAGAUCACACGCAGUUGCUAUACAUAUACUGUUUGGCCUUUGAACAGUGCGUGCCGGAACUCUGCCGAAGAUCCCAACAGUGAUUUCUUCUUCUUUGACACUCUAUUUCGAGCGCACGUGACUGUGUUCUCCAGAAAUUUUUGUUUUUCGGUGCCGUUUGAAUCUGUAUUAUCGAGCGUUUGUUCGCGUGUAGUUUUCGAGCGACAUCGUCGCUCGAGGGGUCUUCGAUUUCAAACUCAUUUUCGCGGGAUCGAGCACUCGUUUCCGGGCGUAGUAUUGUGCUUUUUCGAGAGACGAGGACAAUUUUUUAAAAGGUAAAUCAACUCGAGGUGUUUUUGGACUUGGAAUCACGAGUUUGAACAGAACGAUCGUCGAUGAGUGAAAAUGACGAAACACGGAUUUGCGAGUGCACUGUAAAAUGGAGACAAAGGACGAUUGAGAUUUCGUGAGUUGUAACAAGUGUAUCGAUCGUUGGGUGAAGAGCGUUAGAACUCGAGUUGACAUAAACUUUCGCGGACACAAUGAGACCGAUUCGACUUUUCAUAGUCCUGAGCACUUUUCUGUGCACCGAAUUAUUCAGUGAUGCAGCCACCAUCGAUGAAAACUUCCAUUCCGAAAAGGGUGCAGAAAGCGGUGCAAGUGAAGCGACGGCAACUUUGCCGGUUGGGGCGUUCAUAAGGCCGCUAAACAGUACGGGGAGAGAUUCUGCGAUCGAUUCACGAAUAAUUACACCGAAGGACGCGAAAAGCGAACGAAGAAAGCGGCACCUCGCAACCGACGAAGGUACUCUUCCAGGAUUCGCUGUUUACGACGCGAUUUCGGAGGAUGGAGAAUUAUCGAAGCGAGCAGAUCACGUGACCAAGAAGCGUGGCAAGCGCAGACGUCACCGUCGCUGCAAAAAACGUUCCGGCUGCCCGCGCCCCGCUCAUCGUAACAACAAUAAUAGAAAGAGGAAGCACGGCGAUAAAAAGAAGAAAAACGACGAUGGCGAUAUUAGGAUAAUCAUACCGGUGGAACCUCGUAAAUGGUUUCAGUAUCAAUCCCGUGCCAACAGAAAUUUCCAAACCCAAGUUCUCGUGGGGAAUCGUCCUUUAGCACUGUUUCGACAGCAGCUCGCAGCUGCGGCUGCUGCCGACGCGAUAAGAUCAAGCUCAACGCUCGCUGACCCUUCGAUCGACUCGAGCUCGAAAAAAUUCAACGAUUUUUCCAACACCAAAUUGAAGUUCUCCGAAAAACACAAAAACAGGAGAACCAAAGACAAAUCUGGGAAAAAACACGAGAAAAAUACGAAAAACAAACACGAGAUAACCGACGAUGAUAUAAUAGUGACAGUCAUCCCGGAAACUUCGAGCGAAAAAAAUGUCUCGGAAGAUCCACGCAACUCUUCAGUCGAAGAAACUAGCCGCUCGGACGUAAUCGAUUACGAACCACAGUCAAUCGUCGUAAAACGUGUACCGAGGACCAAAAGUAUGGACACCAAAUAACAAGUGCGGAAAAUCACGCUCGAUCCAUUUGGUGUCAUAACCUGUCGGUUUUUUCUUUCGUUUUCAUUCGUUCAAUGCGGAGCAUGCUCAUUUGUUUUACACGACACAAGUUUUCAUUAAGAAUUACUGAAAAAGACGUUCAAUGAUGACGCCGAGGUCUGCAGGCAAAAUAUAUGUCAACUGCGACUCGACAGUGUACCUUUCCCAUUAUUUUUUGUUUUAUUCUGUAACCGGAAGUGUGACUUUUCCUGAUGCAAAUAUCAGUAAACGAAUGUAAACUGUUGAAAUAUAUCUCACACCGGCGUUCA